GUAUGGCCUGAAUAUGUCGGCUGGGUAAAAUACGUUAACUGUUAUCAUGACUAGAACGAUUUCCUUUGGUUAAGUUCAUUGCUGUUAAAUUAUUACGAAAGCUAUUGUAACUUAAAAGUUGGGAAGUAGAGAUAUAAUAUAUAUUAUUGAUUCACUAAGUCAAACUCGCCAUAUUGUAUAUUAAAAAAUUUAGUAAAGGAGGCCUUAUGUCAAGUCAGUUCAACACUGAGAGGGCCGACGACGUGUGCUAAUAUGAAGAAGCUGUUUUCAAAAAUUGAAAACACGUCGAAGGAGCCUAACAGUUACGUAGGAAAAGUUUUCGUGGUAGGACGUUAUACUGUCACUGUCGAAGAGGUUUUAGCUGAAGGAGGAUUUGCUAUUGUAUUCCUGGUAAAAUCUUCAAGUGGACGUUAUGCACUUAAACGCAUGUAUGUUAAUAAUGAACAUGAUCUCAAUGUAUGUAAAAGAGAGAUACAAAUCGCAAGUAACUUAAAUGGUCAUAAAAAUAUCAUAGGAUAUUUGGAUAGCAGUAUUACAAACAUAGGAGGAGGAGUACACGAACUUCUACUUUUAAUGCCUUAUUGCAAGACUCAAGUUCUACAAAUGAUGAAUAAUAGGUUAAAAAUAUUACAAACUGGUUUUAGUGAGUCUGAAGUUCUUCAAAUAUUUUGUGAUGUUUGUGAAGCAGUAUCUCGAUUACAUCAUUGUCAAACACCAAUAAUACAUAGAGAUUUAAAAAUUGAAAAUAUAUUAUAUUCUGAUACUGGUCAUUAUGUAUUGUGUGACUUUGGUUCUGCAACUGCAAAAAUUCUUAAUCCUAGUGUACAUGGUGCAGCAAUAGUUGAGGAAGAAAUUAAAAAAUAUACAACUCUCAGUUACAGAGCACCUGAAAUGGUUGAUAUGUAUUGUGGAAAACCUAUUACAACAAAAGCAGAUAUAUGGGCAUUGGGAUGUUUGUUAUACAAACUUUGUUUCUUUGCAUUACCAUUUGGGGAAAGUACACUUGCUAUUCAAUCGGGAAAUUUUACGAUACCAAAUCAUUCAAGAUAUAGUAGAAAUCUUCAUUGUCUGAUUCGUUAUAUGCUUGAGCCGGAUUCUGAUAAUCGUCCCGAUAUUUAUCAAGUAUCUAUGAUUGCAUUCCAAAUUUUGGGUAAAGAAUGUCCUGUACAGAAUUUACAUAAAGUUCCAAUUCCAGUUCUGGAAUCAUUAACAUGCCCUCCUAUGGAAUCUGAAAAUGUUAAAAGAUCAUCAUUAGUAAAAACACCAAAACCAAUUCCAGUAACUACUGUUGAGGGUACGUCAGUUACGCCAAGACAACGACCAAAAGGACAAGCUGUAAGCACAGGUCCGAUUAGUUUAAGUGGUCAAAUUGUAAGUCAAAUAUCGGGUCAAGGAAACCAAGCUCAGUCACAAAGUUCUAUAGGAAAUACAGUUUCAUAUGUUCAAAUGGGUCAACAACUUGCUCCAUUGAAUACAUCUCAAACUUAUGUUGGACAAAGUAUGCAAUCAAAUGUUCAAUCAUUACCAGUAAAUACGCAAGCAUCUUCUCAUCAAGUUUCAGCGCUUAAUCAAGUUUCGCCGCAAAUUUGUACAACUAGUCAAAAUUCUUUUGGACAUCAAUCGCAAAUUCAAAAAUCACAAUAUAGUCAAUCACAUUGUUCUACAAUUAGACGAUCUCCUGCAAGUGUUCAAGAUACAGUAAAUUCAUACUUUGAUUCAACAUUGACAACAAAUAUAAAUGAAGAAAAUUUAGAAGCGCUAUUUCCACCAUCUGGUUAUCCAGAUCCGUUUAAAGAUGAUAGUCGAGCUAUGCCACCACCUGCAAAAAUACCACCACCUGUUGCUCCUAAACCUAAAAUUCUGCCCAAAAUAUCAAGUAUUUCUGCUAAUUGUCCGCCUCCUAAAUAUAUACCUCUUACUUCGUUAACAUCGAAAUUGAAUACUCCAACUGGGCCUAAUAAAGCCACUCCUGUAAUGGUACCAACAUUACCGAAACCAGUUAAUAAAACUGAGAGUUUGAGUCAGAAUAUAAGUUCAAGUACUUCUCCACCUGAUAGUCCAACAUUAUCUUCUGUACGUCAUAGAAGAAAUGUUAGUGAUACAAGUGCUUUCAAUAAAGCAUUUGCAAGCGAAACAACACAAUUUCUAGCACCAUAUGAAGCUUCAGUAAAAUCACGUUCAGAAGAUGCUAGUACUCCUGAAGUUUUAACUGGUGUAAGGCUUUGUCUAGGAUCAAGCACUUCGCAUGUACGUAUUGGAGAACUUUCAAGUAUAACUGCUACUGAAGGAAGAUCAUUAAGUGCAGAUGUAGCAGCUUGGAAUCCAUUUGAAGAUGUACAACCUUUCAAUCAAUUAACAGAAGAUCAUAUUUUUGGUGCUGAAUUUGAUAAAAUUAGAAGAGGAAGUAAUGCAAGUAUCAGUGGUGUAAAAAGUCGCGAAAGUCUUGUUAUGACAUAUGCAGAGUUACCAGAAGAUCCAUUUGAAUCUGCACCUUUUAGUUUGCCAACAGGAAAGAAGAACAAAAUUGGAUCAAAGACUGCUGCACUUGCUGGAGGCAAAUUACAAGUAAAUGGUAGAUCAAGGAUACCUUCGAAACAAUGGAAUUCAGGAUUCGAACGAGCUGAAUUGGAUCAUAGAAUGAUGCCUUUAACAGGAAACAAUCCUAUUUCUCCGCCAUUUGUUCGAAUUCCCAUAGAGAAUCGGUCCAAAUACGAAAAGUUAAUAUUCAACGCUGGUGAUAUAUCCAGUGACAGUGAUAAAGAUUUAUCUCAAGAGCGUAUAAAGCAAAAGAGAAAAAGGGUCAAAAAUGUGUUACGUCGGAAGAAAAAAGUGCAAAAUACGAAAAACACCAUGCACCAAGAUUAUAACGAAUCGAAUGAUUCAAUAAGUUUAGCUAAUAAUUUUAAAACGAUUAACGAUAAUUUAUAUAGUCAUAUUAAUUAUAAUAACACUAUUAAAUCUAAUGGCAUUGGAAAAAGUGACGAAAAAAGCAAUAUUGGAAAUGAAGAUAAUGUGGAUGAGACAGAGGAAGAGGGAAAGAAAAGAAGAAAAGAGGACGAAGAAAAGAAAGAAAUAAAAGAAGAAAACAAAGGAGUGAAAGAGGAAGAAGAAAAGGAGGAGGAAGUGGAAGAUGAGAAAAAGGAAGAAGAUGAAGAAGACGAGGAGGAAGAUGAUGAUAAUGACGAUGAUGAUGAUGAUGAUGACAACGACGACGCCGAAGAUGAUGAAGAUGACGAUAAAGAUAACGAUGAUAUCGAUGAUAAUAAUAAUGAUAAUGAGAAUGAGAAUGAAAAAGAUAAAGACAACGAUAGUGAGAAUGAUGAAAAAUACAAGAAAAAAAAUGAAACAGUUUCGGAAAAUAUACAAAUUUAUGGCAAUUCCAUUCAACAUUCGGAAAAAAAUAUUAUGAAUGAAAAAGAUUACAGAACGAAGAAAUCGAAAAAAUAUUAUCGAGGACAACGAUUGUCAGCCAAUAGAGAUCCAAUAGUUGGACAUCAAUACGGAGAAAAACCACUUUUAUUGGAUGAUGAACUCGAUUCAGAAUCGAAACUGGAAUAUUUUCAUGGUGAUCCAUUCAUUAUUGAUGAUCAAUAUGACUCAAACUCUCAAUUGUUAAAUAAGAUAGAUUCGUUAGAAAGAGAAAACGAGAAAAUGAAACAUUUAAAUAAUUUAUUAGAAAAAUCUGAAAAAGAUAUUUUUGCUUUAGCUCCUUUUCCAAAAUCAUCCAGUUUUAAAAAAAAUAAUAAUUGUCAAAAGAACAAUGAAUUUAAAAAUAUAGUUCCCAUUAUUUUUGAUUCAAGAGUUUCAUCUCAGGAAUCAACAGAUUUUAAAAGCAAAUCACUUUCAAAGUGUAAUUCAUAUCAAAAAUAUACAAGUGUUGCGGAAGAAAAGAUAGAUGUUGAUUUUUUGGAAAAAAAUAAUCAGCGAUCAUCGAUUGAAAUAACCUUAAUUAAAACUCAUCGAGAUUUUGAAAGAGAAAGAAACAUUAUUCAAGAUCAAAAGAAGAGAGAAAUGGAAGAAAAUGGAAGAGGAGAAGAAGAAAGAUUAGAGAUGAGUGGACAAGAAGAUAAAAGUGAAGAAAAAAAAGAAUAUAGGAUAGGGAAAAAAGAAGAAAUAGAGGAAGAAAAUGAGAAAGAGAAUGAAAAAAAAAAGAAACAGGAAGAAGAAGAAAAUAUAGAAAAAGAUUUAUUUGGUUCAUCGCCAUUUAGUCCAAAUAGUUUUGUAAUAAACAGUCAAUUUCAACAGUCAUCUCUUGCUUCCAUUCGUACCUUACAAUCUUCAUCAAAUAUUCAAGAAGCUACCGUUGUCUCCUCAUCUACAAAAAUAAUACCAAAUUCAAAAUUUGACAAUGUUUCCGCGAGCAACAAAUAUUCGAAUACAUUUGCGAAUAUUUCAAAAGAUCUUUUUGGUUCUGUUCCGUUUGAUGAAUUUACAUAUCUACAAUUGAAUGAAAAAGAGAAAUAUGACUUGUUAAAAAAGAGAAAUGAAACUCAGAUUCCAUUUAUUCAACCAUCAUCAUCACGAUCAGUGACGCAGGAGCCGCAACCACAGCCACUGAAUUUUGGCGGAUCAAUUGGGGACAAUACAUUACUAUUGAAUAAAGUACUAUCACCAGAUGCUACCACUACUAUCAAAUCUACAUCUACUUUACAAGAGGUAUAUACUAUUAAACCGGUUCAACAUACUGCACGAAUUACUGUUCAAACAGUGAAUAGUGUAUCGAAACCAGAUAUUAUACCAAAUAUUGUUUCGCCUAUGUCACCUGAGCCAUUGGUAGCUACCGAUGAUCAUGAUGUAUCAAGGCAUAAAAGAGAUAAAUUUACCAAAUCAGAGAAAGCGAAAUAUCGUUUAAUCAAUGAAAAUCACAAUGAUGUUAGCGAUAUAUUAUCAUCAUCGAGAUUGAGUCACAAAACUAAAUCGAUAGGUUACAGUAAAAAAACUUCAAGAAUAAAGAAAUAUUCUGUAGUGAGCACAGCCGCUGGUUUUAGUAACAUGAGUUUCGAAGAUUUCCCAAGCGAUGAGAAUGAAGAAAAACAAAUUAGGAAUACAAAAAUUGCGCCUUUUGAAGUCAUCAGAGAACCUGAGAAACGAUUUGGAUCGUUAAAGAGAAAAAGUAAUCCAUUUUCUUGAGAACUAAAAAUAAUGUAAAAAAAAAAAAUAAGUCUUGCUUUAUCAACGAUUCUUUAACAUAGAAUCACAGUUGAACGAUUACACAGUUGUUAUAUCAUCCAUUACAUUAAAUGCUGAAAGCGGAAAAAGAGGAGAAAGAGAAGGCAAUAAUUCAUCGCUGUAACCUCUAUGGUAAAUACAGGAUCAAGUGAUCAAGUUGGCCUGGAUAUUAUGUCGAAUAGGAUGGAAAUUACUAGAUGUAAUUAGUCUUAUUAAAUUAGUUUUUCACAUUAAAUCAACAUAUUAAAAUGCUAUGAAAAAAUGUAAUAUAAUGAAAAUAGAAGCGAAACAAAAAAAGAGUGGAAGUAUGAAAGAAACAAAAAGCGGAUAGUAAAUAGAAAAAGCGUGUAUCUAUUUUUGUAGUUAAAACUUUAUACUAUGUUUGUACUUUGAAAUUUGUAGGUUUCUACUAUUAUGAUCUAUAAUUUGUUACAAAUGAUGCAAUUUUUCUAAAAUGAAAAAUCAAAUGGCAAACAUGAUCAAAUGAAACGCAUUCUCAAUAAAUAUACCUUAGCGUUAUGUAUUUUGUAAUUUAUAAAAUUUAUU